GUAUAACAUCAUUUGUUAUUGUACGCAGCAAAAUUGGGAGUCCAAAUUCUGAACCUGGAAAUGGACUCCUCCUGACCACAAAAGAGAUGUUACUCAAAAUACGCCACGCCCUCAUCGAAGUGGCUAAUGCACCAGGAGCCAAGCAAUCGGCUAUUAUAAUAAACAACGAUAUCAUCAUUAGCUCUGGUAGCCUAAUCCAAAGUUGUAUUGAGUCAACGGGAGAGAAAGACAAAGGAGCGGAAGGUGGUUCGGCCGCUGGCAUUAUAUCAAGUCUACAACAAUGUGAAUUGGUCAAAGUCCAGGAUGAGGACAACGAGGCAUGCAAAUAUCUUCGCUCCUUGACUUAUCUGGUGACCUUUGAUCGACAGCGCCCCCAACUGAAUGCCACUAACCAAAGUUCUCCGACCUUGAUCCCUGUCAAUCAGAGUAAACAAAGACAACACAUUUUGACACGUUACUCAGCCCGACCAUUGUAUGUGUUUUGUGCCGCAGAAGUGUCUCGAAAUUUACACAGAAUCCUUCUCAAUGCCGAUUCCCAAGAUGCAAAUGCAAUUUUACGCUCCAGUUUCAUACUGCUGAGCAUGCGCCCCUCCACAGAGUCCACGGAGUCGUUUCAACGUUUCUUAGACAAUAUUGCCAACUAUUUAAGGUAUUUGCAUUCCAUACACACACUGGACGAUGUUCUGGUUAUGUGUUCGCCUUUUGGGUUGGAGAAUUUCUACAAGACUAUAAGCAUUGGCAAGGUUUCCAAUGUUAUGGGACGAGGUGCUUGCUUAUUUUCACUGUCAAAUGCCUUACCCUUGGGCUGUGAAGGCUCAGCAGUUUUUAAUAAUAAGCUCCGUUUAAUUGGCAUAGUGAUAUGCACGUCAUUCCAGAGGCAGCAGGAGAAUGUUAAUCUCACGUUAGCUGCCAAUUUUGGUUAUCUAUUCAAAAAUUUUAUGGAUCAAUUGGGUAUACCUAUAGCCAGUUUUAAUCUACCCAGAGAUUCCACAAAUUUUCCCUGGGAACGAACAAUUGUGGUGAUCCAAUCCCAAGGUCAACAGGGCACUGGCACUUUUAUCAAGGUUCGCAAUAAGCGUUUCAUACUCACAUGUGGCCAUGUUGUGGGCCAGGUGAAUUCCCAGGUUAUUUGCCGAGCAGCUGAUCGGGAAUUCCAAGCGGAUGUGAUUUGGUCAAAUCCCGAGGAUAAUCGACCCUAUGAUUUGGCACUACUUACGGCUCCCGAUGAUGUGCCCGAAAGGCAUUGUGUACGCUUGGCCAGACAACGUGCCACAUUGGGCCAGACUGUCUAUAAUGCUGGUUUUCCCUAUUUUGUGAAUUUUAAUUUUAAAUACGAUUUCAAUCCAUCCAUAUUCCAAGGAAGAAUUAUAAAAUGUGAUACGGGUGCCAUUAUGUCGGAUGGCAGUGUUCAGGCGGGACAGAGUGGUGGACCGAUGUUUGAUCAGAAUGGUUAUAUGAUUGGUGUCUGCGUCUCCAACAUUAAAGUGGAUGAUAUGAUCUAUCCAAAUAUAAAUACAGCCAUUCCAAUUUGUGAUAUACGCUUUACUCUCCAUGAAUUUGCAAAAACUAAUGAUGUCAAGAUUCUCAACAAUCUGGUUGCCAGUCAGGAUGUUCAUCGUGUUUGGUCUCUUGAGAUGCCACCAAUACAAAGUAAAUUGUGAAUAAUAUAACAUAGCCGAAGCGAUAUUUUCAAUUUCUAUUAUAUCUAUGUAUAUAUAUAUAUAUAUUUGAUACCUUAAAAUUAAUAAAAAAAAAAUAAUCCCA